AGUCGGUGCUAACAUCACAAGUUAAUGCCACGAACAGUGCUUACGUGGAAGUGGAAAGCAAAAAAGCGAAAUGAGAACGCUCGCGCGUUAAUAUAAAUUCUUCACCACUGUUUUAUGGCGCCUAAUUUCAUUUCAACAACACUGAACUGAAUCUUCUCUGCAGAGCGAUAACAGAAUACUGUGAGAGAGAAUAUAAACCCUGAAACUUUUCAUUCAGAUUUCUAGGGUUUCAUUUCUCGUUUUCCGUUUCGAUCUUCGCCAUCGCAAUGCAGAAGCUAGGAGGAUUUCCAAUCUCGAAGAGCCUCGAUAGAUUCAAAUCGUUGUACGGUUCAGCGUCCGGAACCGCAAAACCGUUAUCAUCAUCAAUCUCUGCGCGUCAAUCUUCAGAUUCCGUUUCAUCGGGAAGUUUCGCGAAUUUGAAGCUAACCGCAGAGAAAUUAGUGAAAGAUCAAGCUUCGGUGAAAACAGAUCUUGAUAUUGCGAAUACUAAGCUUAAGAAAUCUCUGGAGCAUAUUCGUGCAUUAGAAGAAAAAUUGCAGAAUGCGUUUAACGAAAACGCGAAGCUUAAGGUGAAGCAGAAGGAAGAUGAGAAAUUAUGGAAAGGACUUGAAUCUAAGUUCUCGUCGACUAAGACUUUGUGUGAUCAACUUACUGAGACUCUUCAACAGUUGGCUGGUAUCGUUCAAGAUGCUGAAAAAGAUAAAGAGAAGUUGGAAAGUAAACUCUCAGCAAGUUCAGAAGCUCUUGAGAGUUUGAAUGAACAGAUGAAUGGUUUGUCCUUGAAGCUAGAUUCUACAGAGGAAACAAUUAAAGCUCGUGAUAAUGAGCUAGUGAAGCUGAAAUUUGCUGCUGAAGAAAGGGAAAAGUUUCACAGUGAUGAAAAGUGCAGAGCUGCAAAUGUUAUAGAAGAGAAGGAUACCAUGAUAAAGAAUUUAGAAGACAUGUUAACUUCUAGUAGAUUGGCUACAGAGAAUUUGAACUUAAAGUUGGGAGAGCUUCACCUUCAAAUAAAAGUCAAAGAUGAAGAAAUUACACAUCACAUAAACAGUGAACAGAAAUUGGAUAAAGAAAAAAGUGAUCUGCAAUUGUGCAAUGCUGAUCUUGCUGAAAAGCUUGGCACGUCACUUCAGAAAAUAAACAAUCUUGAAGGAUCACUUCAGGAGAUGGCUGCACAUUUAUUGAAUUUAGACAAAGAAAGCUUGAACCUUGUUAACAAGUUUGAUGAAAUGAACUCUCUCUAUACUUCCUGCUUCAACUUGGUCCAGCACGAAAGAGACACUUUCUCGAAGCAUGCUCAAAACCAGUAUGACGUGCUUCAUACUAAGUUCUUGGUAUUGUCAUCAGAAAAAGAUGAAAUUCAUAUGACGAAUCAAGAGUUAAGAAGUAGUUUGAAUGAUCUUCGUAAAGUCCAAGAGGCCACUGUAGCACAGUAUACAGAGGAUUGUCGAUUAGCUGCUGAGAGAAUUCAGCGUUUGGAGUCAGAAGCUGAAGCUUUAAUCUCAAAAAAGGCAGAAACAGAAGUCACAAUUUCCAAAUUAGAGGAGAAAGCUGAAAUUCUGUUAGGAAGUGUUACAUCAUCGGAGAACCAAAUGCAAGGUCUACUGCUCAAAAUUUCAGCUCUAGAGACUGAAAGCAAAGAAAAUAUGGAAAGAAUGCAGGCAGACAUAUUGAAGAAAUCAGAGGAAAUUGAUACUCUGCAAAAGGAGAGGAUGAAAAUAGAGCAGAAUGCAGACUCUUUUGACAAGGAAGUCCUACAGCUUCGGAACAUCUUAGAGGAAAAAGAACAAUGCAUUUUGCAGCAUACAGAAGAGGAAAAGAAGCUGGAAGAUCAGAUCACAGAGAACCGGUCAUUAUUAACUGCUGCUGAAAGUAAACUUGCAGAAGCUAGAAAUCAAUACGAUCAAAUGGUAGAGAAUAAGCAGUUGGAAUUGUCAAAGCAUUUAAAAGAAAUAUCUCAAAGAAAUGAUCAGGCUAUUAAUGACAUUAAAAGGAAGUAUGAAUUAGAGAAGAUGGAGAUUGUCAAAUUGGAAACAGACAAGGCUGACAAGGCUAUUGCAGCAAUUGAGGGAAGGUGUGACCAAAAACUUGCAGAGUGCAAAGAAGAAUCAAGGAAGCAGUUGAUGCACAUUCAGGAGGAACAUGCUAAGCUGGUUACUCAUAUGCAGCAGGAACAUGAUAAGAGGCAACUAUGCCUGCAAGCUGAACACAGUGAAAAGUUAAAGCGUGCUCAACUGCAAGCUGAAAAUGAACUGAGAGAGAAAACAAUGUUUAUGAGGAAUGACCAUGAAGCUCAGAUUAAAGCAUUGAGGUGUGAACUUGAAGAUGAGUGUAGGAAGCUAGAAGAGGAGUUGCAUCUCCAGAAAUCCAAAGAAGAAAGGCAAAAGGCUUUGCUGCAGUUGCAAUGGAAAGUGAUGAGUGACAAGCCAAAAGAGGACCCAGAAGUUAAUUCAAAACAGGAAUACUCCGUUUCAUCGAUUAAAAGAAGGAGUUCUUUUGGUGGCAAAAGGAGUCAGCAUGAACUAGAAUCUCCUUACUCUGAAGAAACGGAAGCACCAGUGCCGAAGUUGUUGAAGAAAGUGGAGAACGUAAAACCAGGAAAAGCAGGAGGCAUUCCUAAGCAUCAUAGAAAGGUAACUCGCCAUGAAUAUGAAGUUGAGACUUCUAAUGGAAGAACAAUUACAAAGAAAAGGAAAACAAGAAGCACUGUCUUGUUCGAGGAUCCAAGAAAACAAAAGAUAAAUACACCAAAAACAAAUACCCCUAGAACUUUUGUUAAGAGUCAGAGGGUUGAAGACCAUCCUCGUCCUUCAAAUAUCGGUGAUUUGUUUUCAGAAGGGUCUCUAAAUCCAUAUGCAGAUGAUCCCUAUGCAUUUGAUUAGAGACCUGAUCUGAGCAUGAAGUGGAGAUUGAAAGCAUCAAGCACAAGCAGGAAGAAAUUUUAUUUCUGUUAGUUUUGAUCUACAGCCGCUGAUGACAGAAUGGCAGACUAUUGGUCCACACAAGGGAUUUGACUAAUGCGAGUUCCCCGUGUAAUUUGUCAACGUUGCUGGGUUGCAUUACAUACCAGUCUCUUCUUAGUACGCUUGUAAAGAAUAAAAGGUCCCCUGAAUUUUUUCAUGAUAUUGACAUAACUGUAUUAACUGUAAAUUGCAAUCGCUGCGUCUGUAAAUACUCAGAAUUCAACUCUUUUUUUACUGAAAAACAAUGAUGUUUUUCAUCACGUGUGAUGGUUAGCAAGGAUCACCUAACGCUAUAAAUUCUGUCAGAAUUAAGAUUAACAAUAGACCGUGACCCCAGAGUUCAAUGAGUUGCAUGUAAAUUUGGUGGACGCUAGAGCACAAUAAAUAUUUAAUCCCACCUAGAGGAAGAGCCAAAAUUGAAGCCAAAGUGGCAAAUAAACACAGGUGAAAUGGCUGGAGUAGGUUUUGUCUUAUUGUCUGUGCCUUGGAUUUACAGCACAGUAGAAGAAACUUUCACGACUCAUGUUAUGGGCAAUUAUAAUUUCCUAUUCCUCAACUACUACGGUUGGAGGAAUGAAAAUGAUUUUAAA